AUGGGGCACGUUGAGAGGGAAGAGCUUCUGAAUGUGAUCCGACAUGAGAUGCGCAUGGAAGACGACGACGGCUACAACAUGUGCUCUAGAGUUCUAAUGAGUCCAUCAAGAAGGGUCCGAUCCGGAGGACUUCCACUGGAUUUUAGGCAGAAAAAGGAAGGUUUUCAUGUGCUGGAAAACGGAGGUUUCGAUGACAUCUAUGAGAUCCCAUUGUAUGAAGAGCCAAUUCACUCUCGGAAGGUUAUCAACGAAUCGCUAGCUCUUCGGACAGCAGAGAAAAUAAAAGAGGAGUCGAAAAAGGAUAAUUUCUACACUGGACCUCUUGAUGAGCUAUUUGUGAAACAGGAAACCGUUUGGCCCUUACCAGAUAGAGAUCCAGAGGCGAAAUCGGUUGUUGAAAAGUACCUGGAAGAGAAUGCGGAUAGUUUGAAUAAUCCGUUAGGUCAAUAUUUAAAGUAUGGAGCUUCGGAUAGAGAUCCAUCGCGGGAACUGAUUAUUGUGAUUCCGAAGGGUUCUGAGGAACCGAGAAGGAUAGAAAUGAGAGUAAUGUUGUCGGCGAGAUUCCGGGAAGUCGUUGGAUAUGUGUUGUUACAGCAUUUUUUGAUGUUCGAUGAGUUUUUACCUGGCAAUGUGGAAGACUACCAUCUCUACAUGGCCGAUGAGGACACAAACACCAUCGACGACGAUUUCCCACCCAUGGAAGGCUCGAAAUUCGUCUCUGAAACUGGAUUCAACUGCCUUGGAUUGGUUUCCGGAGUCAAGAAGCGUGGAGGAGCGAAACGACAGAAAAAGGCAGUAGCCGUGUGGUUCGUCGACAAAGAUCAGUAUGUGAUAGAGGUGGAUAACAUGGAGAAACCCCUCCGAUGGCUGAGAGAUGAAGCAUUUCGGCUACGAGAAGAGACGAUGAAAGAAAAGGAGGCGAUUGAGGGAAUUCUAGAAAUCAAGGAGUAUUUCCUAGAAGCCGUCGAUACUUUCGACGUUAAAUUAGACCUAGAAGCAAGCAUUUCCAGUGCCAGGUGUCUGGAAUUCGUGAUGAUUCAGAAGAACAGCUCCAGAGCUGGAUUCCAUCCACGUGGCGGGCGGUAUGGCCGUCAAAUGAGCGCAAUGCUAACCUUGAAAAUGCCGAAUAGUCCGAUCGCGGCGGGACCUUCAACUCCGUUGCCAACAGUGAUGGAGCAAGAGGAAAGAAGGCCAAUUAGUGUAACGGGGAUUUCAAAGGAGGAUAGUAAUGGGGCUUUAGUUUCGUCUCCUGCUGUCACUUGGAAUGAUGGAGGUGGUCAAUUGUCGUCGUUUAUUGUUCAAAGAGUUCAUAGAUUCAAGCCAAAGUGGAAAGCGAGACUAAUCCUCCGCUGGACGUGCUUCGAAGUCGACAAAUAUCAAGUGAACAAGUCGGCGUUCCUACCGCAAGGCUAUCAAAAACAGACAAAAGUUCCGUGGGAGUAUGUGGGCGGAGUCCGAGUGCAACUGAAAGACGCCAAAGAUGGAAGAGUUGACACGUGGCAAAUUACGAUCUUCUGGUUGCCGGUGUUGGGUGAGGAAAUGAUUCAGAAGGUGGUCGGAGACGAUGAAUGGAAUUUGAGACACGUGGCAAAGCUCUAUCAAAAUGAGGAGAAGUGGCGAAGUGUGACAGUGGAAACUGUGUUCAAACCAGAAGUGGAUGAAAUCUACAGUCAAAUGAAUUCGAUUCUCCAAGCCCGUGACGCCUCCAUCUAUAAAGCAUUCUCUCAUUCUUCCUAUGGAGCAUUAACACCUGCGGCCAGCGCUGAUUUGGCACUGAUGGAGAGUGCAGAAGGUGGAGAGAUUCUGUCGCCAUCGGAUACGAAUUCUUCUGGGACGAAAAGUGGAGGAAAAAUUCGGAGAAUGUCGAGGAUUCUGAUGAAUACGAUGAAAGGAAGAAAGUCGUCAAUGUCGGAAUAG